AUGACGCCCUUCCAAAAAGACACUGGAGUGCAUAAUACUAUGGUUGUAAUGGAACCUGCGCUCCUCAUGGCACUGUUUUUGGUAAUUUGUCUAAAAGCAUUGAAUAGAAAUUCCGGUGCAUUAGCUACACAAGAAUGUGGCGUUUCGGUAAACAGCACAUUGAAAAGUCGUGGAUAUCCAUUUGCCUAUCCAGCAGAUAUGGAUUGUGAAUACUCUGUUCCUAUUCCACCCGGAGGGCCAAUGGGAAUAUAUUUCGUUGACUUUGACGUGGAGUUUCACCCAUCAUGCAGUUAUGACUUUGUGAAGAUUGGUAAUGAUCAGAACUAUACCUUUGGAAAAUACUGUGGACGGAGGACUGGACAGACAGUUGUAGUUUAUGGAAACUUCGCCUUGGUAACAUUCCAUUCAGACUUCAUUGUCAAUAAGAGGGGAUUCUUCUUCCGUUUCAAAACGGUUCUCACUGUUCCCCCCAAAAUAUCCUUACCAGCCGUUGUGGAAGCUCUCCCAGGUUACAGAGUGAAAAUUCCUGUGACUGGAACUCCACCAAUAUACACAGCAAUAAUAAGAGACUCUACCGUGUUGGUAAACACAACAUAUACUGCAGCCUUUCAGUUCUAUAAUGGGUCAAAUUACACCUCUGUUGCCUUCAACAAGUAUGGAUAUGAUACGAGAGAUUUCACUGUGAUUUCUAGAGAUUGUGGAAGUGCCUGUUCUCCGAGAUUCAACAGUCGCAUUCAAAAUGAACUCUUCUGUGAAAACGUGACAGCAACACAACUUAAGAUGUGUCUUUCACCGUUGACGGAAACAUUAUUUCUUCUCCGGACAAAGUUGAAGACUUUAACAUCUGCCUCAUUCACAGGCCUCCACCCUGUGAAUUUCAACCUUGUUGCAAGGAAUAGAACAGCUAGAACCAUGUAUUAUUCCAUUCCAAGGGGAAAAGUCACAAUUUACUUGAACUCUCUUGUCGUUGUACGUAAAAGCAGUGAACACUUCUCCAUUGAGUCAGUACUACUCAGUAUGGGUUUCACCAAAAAUGAAAACCAAUCACACGUUGUAUUUCUCCCAUGUCCUUUGGGAUCAUUUUCGAAGUAUUUGGGAGGAGGAAGCUGGAAGUGCGUCGCUUGCUCUCCUGGUGGUUUUUACUCCGACACUCUUGGUUAUGUUGCAGACGGCUGUAAGAAAUGUCCAAAUGGUUCUUACGUGGCAUUUGACAAAAAACCUGGAAAAUCCAUUUUAGACUGCAAGACGUGUCCUGACGGAACGGAAACCGACUUUUUCGCUGGACAUCGCGCUUGUCCCUGCCUAGAAGGACAUUACCGAACUCAUCUCUUCGAAAAGUGUGUUAGAUGUGGCCGAGGCGGGCUGCUAUGCCAAGAUGAGUAUGCCUCAUUGAAACCUGGCUUUUGGUGGCAAUGGCGGAACGAGUCCUACAAACAUCGCUACGAAUCUUUCAUGAAAAAUCUCGCCCUAGAGUUACCUGAACUGGAUGAUUUCUCAGUGCAGUAUCCUUAUUCAAUACCAACACCGUAUAGAUGUCAGGUUGAGAAGUCUUGCAAAGGUGGUUUGGACUCACCAUGCGGAGAAGGGUAUCAAGGUCCACUUUGCGCUGUAUGCAAGCCAGGUUACUACAAACAAUUUCACUCUUGUGAAAAAUGUCCUUUAAGGGCCUGGAUCGCAGCACAGUUAUCUCUUAUUGCUUCUAUUAUAGCGAUAUUGUUGGCCCUUUUAGUUUGGAGAAAGAAAAAUAAUCUUUCAAAGGACCGGGGACUCUCUCGUUUUGACAGUUUGUUGUCAAAACUUAAGAUCUUGAUUGGUUUUUAUCAAGUCACUCAUGGCUUGCUUGACGUGUUCUCGUUCAUUGAAUGGCCAGAUUCAUUGCAGGUUGUGUCCAAGUAUUCAGGAAUUUUACAGAUGAAUUUGCUUCGGGUAACACCUAUUCACUGCCUUAACCACGAAUUACACGUGGAUGCCUUUGGAGAUUUGUUUGUGCUCUUGUCAAUGAAUGCCAUUGUUAUCGUUGGUUCGUGUGUGAUCUAUGGUUUUUGGUAUAUGAUGAUCUCAAGAAACCAGAGCCUGGAGGAGGACGAAAGGGCACAAAAAAUUUCACAUAGGAAAGUACUUAUUUACAGAAAUGUUUUUUUCUUCUUAUACGUGACCUACCUAAGCACCUGUUCGAGGACAGCUAGCGUUAUGCCGUUCGCCUGCCAGAAACUCUGCAAAGAUAAAAGAGAAGAGCUAUGUGACGAGUACCUUAAAGUAGAUUACAGCAUAAAAUGCCAAGGAGCAAAUUACAAUCAUCUUGUAAUUAUAGCUUAUAUUUCAGCUGCAUACACCAUGGCUUUACCUGCUGUUUCUUUCGUCGCCCUUUGGAGGCAUCUGCGAACAAUCAUAACGAAGAAAGACGGAGAUGAUGGCUGUAAUCCAGAAGUUGUUGACGGAUUGCGCUUUCUCUUCGAAAAUUACAAACCUCGUUCCUGGUAUUGGGAACUGGUUGAAAUGACCCGAAAACUCAUUCUUACAUGUGGCCUCAUUCUCGUGGGUCAAGAAAGCAGAUCCUACAUUGGAUUGGCAUGGGUUGUUGCCGGUAUGUAUGCAGUGGUUUUUUGCUGGAUCAAACCCAUGCAAGACACUUUUGAGAACAGGCUGAUGUCCACUUCCCUUGCUGUUACAAUUGUAAACCUGGGUAUUGGUGCUGUGAGCAAAAUUCCAGCAGAGAACAUAUCAAACAUGGCGGACCAUCACAAGGACGCUCUGGCAAUGAAAAUACUGAUUUUGGGGGCAAAUACGUUGGUGAUUGGCCUUCUUGUUGUUCAGUACCUGGCAUACUUACAUCAGUUCUUCAAAGAGUGGCGCAAAAAUCCAAAAUGGUCCUUGUCUUGCUGCUUAGCCUUGCUUCUUCCACUUAAUGACCUUCAAGGCGAGAUUCGUGGGAUGGUUGGCAAGAACAUGCUUAAAACACAACUUCAGUCAGGGAUCAUUGGGAAGCCCUCCAUUGCAGCCAGUGCAAAAGGUACUGGAGCAUUGAGUUUUUCUCCAACCCAUGAAGAAAAUGAAAGAAAAGGAAGAAGUUCAGUAAAAUCCAGAAUGACCAGAAAAAGCCUUACUAAAUGUGAACGUGGGACACAAACAGAAAUAUUCGCACCGGUAUCUACUGCUACCGCUGAACAUGCACAAGUAUCACGGAAAGCGUGCCAGCAGAUAACCAUGAUCCGGCACUCUGACCAUCACAUACCACUUGCUGAAGUAGAGGAAGGCACUUCAAAAGAAGAAAAGACGGACUGGAAUAAUGGGGAAUGA